ACCAAAAAAAAAAAAGAAAAAAAAAAAAAACUAAAACAAAGAGCAUUUAAAAUAGAUCUGCAACAGUGGAUGCCAUGUUGACAUUAUCUGGCGUUAUUAAUCCAAUGUGGACGUUUUUUAGAUGAUGUGGCAUAAUUUUUUUUUUUUUUUGUAAAAAUGUGGCAUAACGAGGACCAUUGUUCUUCUUCCCCAAUCUCAAAAACCUAGUUCUUCUUCUUCUAGAGAAAUCUUUCUCUGGUACAAAAGAAUUAGGAUUGUAGCUGAUAAAACCAUGGCGUGUGUGAUUGGGUCAAGAAGAACAUGGACUAAGGUAGUGCUACGGACGAUCAAGAACCAAAAGCGUAAGCGUUUGGCCAAUUCACUAAGGAGAAGCAAUAGUAUUCAUGGCACGAAAAAGAUGGUGGCAAAGGAAGAAGAUGAGAUCAGUUAUGAGCAAGAAAACGAGCUAGCAAGUUUCACGAUCCCCUCACCAUCCAUUUCACGAUCCAAGAAGACCCCAAACAAUGAUCUCAUUGGAAGCGGUAGGAGCUUCCAACACUUUCCUGGCCUCAAGAAGCUUUUUAGCAUUCUCAGCAUCGAUGUAGCCUUACUCCGUGAGCUUGAUAUGACGCUUACGAUCAUGCUCAAGGAUGUCCCUGUUGGGUUUCUUGGUGAGCCAAACGCUACCCCUCACACCUCUCUUUCCUCCCUUCUCUCUGUUUCUCCAAAAGUAAGCCCAAUCACCAUGUCUACUCUCACUGAUCUCGUCAACCUCAAUCUCUCUGAUUCCACGGACAAAAUCAUCGCCGAAUACAUAUGGAUCGGUGGAUCGGGCAUGGACUUGAGAAGCAAAGCAAAGACCUUGCCGGGACUGGUUACCGAUCCUGCGAAUCUGCCGAAAUGGAACUACGAUGGCUCCAGUACCGGCCAAGCCCCCGGUGAGGACAGUGAAGUCAUUUUAUAUCCGCAGGCGAUCUUCAAGGAUCCUUUCAGAAGGGGAAACAACAUCUUGGUUAUGUGUGACGCAUACACUCCAGCUGGUGAGCCCAUCCCUACUAAUAAGAGGUUUAAUGCGGCUAAGAUCUUUAGCCACCCUGACGUCGUCGCCGAGGAGCCCUGGUAUGGCAUUGAGCAGGAAUACACCCUCCUUCGGAAGGAUGUAAAAUGGCCACUUGGAUGGCCUGUUGGUGGCUAUCCUGGUCCACAGGGUCCAUACUAUUGUGGAGUAGGAGCUGACAAGGCAUUUGGCCGAGACAUUGUUGACUCUCACUAUAAAGCCUGUCUUUAUGCUGGUAUUAACAUAAGUGGAAUCAAUGGUGAAGUUAUGCCUGGACAGUGCUCUAGAGUAGGUGAACCUACCUUAAAGUGGAGACCAUUCCAGCCCAUUCCCUCUCAUCUUUAGUAUGGCAUUGAGCAGGAAUACACCCUCCUUCGGAAGGAUGUAAAAUGGCCACUUGGAUGGCCUGUUGGUGGCUAUCCUGGUCCACAGGGUCCAUACUAUUGUGGAGUAGGAGCUGACAAGGCAUUUGGCCGAGACAUUGUUGACUCUCACUAUAAAGCCUGUCUUUAUGCUGGUAUUAACAUAAGUGGAAUCAAUGGUGAAGUUAUGCCUUGGGAAUUCCAAGUUGGCCCUGCAGUGGGGAUCUCUUCUGGAGAUCAAGUUUGGGUUGCCCGAUACAUUCUCGAGCGCAUCACUGAAAUUGCUGGUGUGGUUCUUUCUUUUGAUCCAAAGCCAAUCCAGGGUGACUGGAAUGGGGCUGGUGCCCACACCAAUUACAGCACUAAGUCCAUGAGAAACAGUGGUGGAAUUGACGUGAUCAAGAAGGCAAUUGAGAAGUUGGGUCUUCGUCACAAAGAGCACAUUGCUGCUUAUGGCGAAGGCAAUGAGAGAAGGUUGACAGGUCGUCAUGAGACAGCAGACAUCAACACCUUCUCAUGGGGUGUUGCAAACCGAGGAGCCUCUAUCCGUGUUGGUCGUGAUACUGAGAAAGAUGGAAAGGGCUAUUUUGAGGACAGAAGGCCAGCGUCCAACAUGGACCCGUACGUGGUGACUUCGAUGAUUGCUGAAACCACCAUUCUCUGGAAACCUUAGAAGGAACCUUGGAAAGCUAAGUACGGGAAAAAUGAGGCUAUUUGUUGGACAAAAUCUGUUCAAUUAUCAUUUGUUCUUUUGCACUUCCUUUGCGCUGUUAAUAGUUUGGAUAAUUGGGUUCUUGAUUACCAUUCAGACUACGGUAGUUAGUUGAGAACAAGUCUGGUCAUUUGGCAUGCAGAUUGCUGAAAACUUGUUUAUAUUUCGUUUAAUAGAUGUCGGUUAAAAUUUAAUUGCAUGGCUUGUUGUUAAAGAUUGAUGAUCAUAUUUGUAUUUCGUAC